AAGACAGCCGUGCAGAUGGGAUUGGAGCUGCUGCUGGCCCGGGUGCAGUGUUAUCACCUCCUGGAUCUACUGGUGGAGGAUCAGCUGGGCCCACAAGAAUGGUUGGAAGCUCUCCGUAGAAAAGAGCAGCCUGCGAAAUGGAUGGACCACACAGAAAAGAAAACCACAUCAGAAGAAAAAGACAAUGAGAAGAGGAGGGAUAAAGAAGAGGUUUCUGUGGAUUUGGAGAGCAGGGCUGCAUCAAAGCCCCAGCCGAAGCCUCGACGCUACCACCUCAACCUCAACAAUGAUGACCAGUCUGUUAUGGAGCUGCAGGAGACGUAUUCAGACCUGUCCUUCAGGGGUCGUCCUCUGGUGUCAGAGCAGCUUCCCAGGGUGCAUGGUGCCGCGAGCAGCAGAAAGGUAGCUGCAGUUUCAAAAACAGACAGCAUUAAGGGGAGUAAAGCUGCUGCUCCGACACUCCUCAGUCGAGACGAUUUAAGUAAAGCAGAUAAACCUGUCGAUGCCAGCAGUACAACAAGUGAGUCAACCGAUGAAAACAACGAAAGGACCACGGCUCCAUCAAACACCAGUACCUCUGAUGAAAAUAGAGUCCACGAGCUCAGUGGUCCUCAAGCUAUUUCCCUUUACAUCACCCAGAGAACUGGACCCAAAGAACCCAGGCUGAAGUAUGAGAAGACCUCCUCCACUGAGGAGUUCCCUGCCAGGACUCAACCACAGUUCGAGGGAGAAAAUAUGAGAGUGGCCAAACAACAAGAGUUUCAGUCCUUAAGCUCUGUUGAAGAGGAGCAGGAGCUGAGAGAACUGUCGGAGAAGAUGGGCCAUCUGUGUGUCCGAGAAAACAAAGUGGACGUAAAGAGAACCAAAGAAAACCCAAAGGGAGAGGAGAGGGAGGAACAAAGACAAAGGGAAAGAAAAAACUUUGAGAGAGGUGCAGUGAAGCCAAACGUCAGGUUGCAAGAGAUGGAGGGCGGUGAAGUCUUCAGUCAUGAGCCCAGUAGAUACACAGAGUCCUCUCAGCCUGACUGGAAACUGAGACGUGAGCAGAAACGGGUCUCGGCACCAACUGAGAGUUCAGCCAACUGUCCGAGCUAUAAAGGUCCAGAGAGGGAUCCAACAGGCCAGCCGGAGGAGAAACAAGUAACACUUUGUUAA